AUGGUUGAGGUGAUGGUGGUUUGCGACGGGAUGAGGCGUUUUGGGUUGGCUAUGGGGUGUGAUGGCUCUGUUUCAGAGAUGGGUUGUGCGAUGGGUUUGGAUUUGCAGAGAUGGGUUGUGCGAUGGGGAUUGCAAAGAUGGGUUGUGCGAUGGCUCUGUUUCAAAGGAGAUGAGGUGUGCAGUGGAGAUGGAGUGUGUUUGAAAGGGAAGGGGGUUUUCGAUUGGUGUUGUAUGAUAUGGGAUGGGGUUUACACAUGGGGUGUAAAAAGACUAUGGGGUGUAAAGAGCAAAUAA